AUGCUUGCCAAUUCCGCCGUCGACGACGAUAGUGAAGACGGUGUGGUCAACACGCUCGCCAAGAAGGUCAAGGAGAAGCUAAACUUUCUGGAGCUGUUUGUCAAGAAGGAGAGCGAUUUUAAUUAG